AUGAUGAGAGACGCAACAACUCCUCCACCACCCCCGUCGCGACUGCGCACUCCUCCAGCUCCCAAACACGGUGCCGGUUACCACUCAUACCAUCCCUACGAGCCUAGAAGGUCCCAGAGAGUUCAGCGCUUGCACAAGACCCACGACAAGCUUCCUCAAUCCUCGUCGUCAACCAAGUCGACUCUCCAGCGCACCUCAUCAUCGCAAACCCUCUCGCCUCCCUCGUCGCCUGCCGCCGAGACAUCAGAACCACAACAAACACCUGCCAGGCCUACGCCUGUCCGUCAAUCGCUGUUCACGCGCAACAGACCUACCAACACACCCAACAUCAACUCUUUGUUUGACGUCUUCGCUCCUCAACCACAACUGCCCACGCCUUCAUCCAUGCUGCCCACCCCCAAGAUCACCCCUCGCAAGUGCGACUCCAACGCCAUGCAGUCUACUGCCCGCAUUCUCAACUUCAAGCCUGCCACCACUCAGUCCACCAUGUCCACUCCACGCAAGAAGGCCAAGUUGCGCCUCACCCUUGACGAGGAUGACGCCGUCCAUGAUGAAGUCAAGGUCUUCACCGACAUCCAGGACCGUGUGCCCACCGUUGACCGCACCGAAGACAACCCCUUCAUUGGCCCCAGAAAGACCAGAGCUCGCACCCGCGCCCAGACUGCUCCUUCAACUUCAACCGACGUUGACAUGCAAGACGCCCACACUGAAGAUGACGAGGGCAUCCUCUACGUCUUCCGCGGCAAGAAGAUCUUCCGUCGCUUCGAGAAACCCGCCGAUGAGCCCACCAACUCGGAUGCCUCUACCAGCUCAAACAACAGCUUGAAGCGCCAAGCCGGCGUUGCUGCUUCUCGCCCAUUGACACGCUCAUCUUACAAGCCUCGUCUCUUGUGGCCAACCGCUAACAGCGAUGGUGACGCUGACGAGGAGGCUUUGACCGACAUUGAUGAGGAUAACGUCCCUGCCAUUGAGUCAGCUUCCUUCAGCUCAGCAGUCCAGCCCNAAAAGACUCCUUCCAAGAAGGCAGUCAGUCAUCCCGCCACUCCCCCUUCAUCUCACCGCCAGACUCGCUCGGCUGCUCAGCAGAUUGCCAUCUUCGCCGACCCUCACAACGAGCUCAACCGUGCUCUCGCUUCACCAUCCGUCACUCCCAGACCACAGAAGGUCACCUCUGGCCCUCUCUUCUCCAACUGGCCUCGCAGCAAACACACCGAUGAGAAGGCUACUUCUGGUGAAAAGCGUCAUCGUUCUACAAUGUCCGAGCCUGAUAUGCCCACCAAGCGUGCUCGCUCCAACCUUUUCACUUCUGAGCGCCCCUAA